GCAGCAGUGAGCGGCUUUGGCCCUUUGAUUCUCUUCUGCUGAUUCUGUGCAUUAGUUCUGCAGGGCCCCGAGGAGACGGCCCGAGCUGCUGCCGCCUGCGAUGUCGGCCUGGGCCGGAGUGUGCAGGACAGCCUCUUCUCGGCGAUGCCCGAGAAUCUCUCUCUGGACUCCAGCAUCUUCUCCUCACCGCCUCUAAACUUCCUUCAAGAGUUGCCGAGCUACCGCUCAGUGGCACGAAGGAGGACGAGCAUCCUGGCUCGAGACAAGCAGAGUGGCACCUUGCUGAAGCCGACAGACUCCUAUAGUUCCCACCUGGACGGGGGCAUUGCGGAGAACCUCAACAGCCAGUCCAUCCGGAAGUAUGCCUUGAACAUCUCGGAGAAGCGGAGACUCAGGGACAUUCAGGAGACCCAGAUGAAGUACCUGUCCGAGUGGGACCAGUGGAAGCGCUACAGCAGCAAGUCCUGGAAGAGGUUCCUGGAGAAGGCACGCGAGAUGACCACGCACCUGGAGCUGUGGCGGGAGGACAUCCGCAGCAUAGAAGGGAAGUUUGGCACUGGAAUUCAGUCAUAUUUCUCCUUCUUGCGAUUCCUGGUGUUGCUGAAUAUGGUGAUAUUUCUGAUCAUCUUUAUGUUGGUUUUGCUGCCAAUCUUACUCACCAAAUACAAAAUCACCAACAGCACUUUUGUGUUCAUUCCCUUCAAAGACACAGCUAUACAAUGCACGUUAUACCCGAUCAGCAGCUCCGGGCUGAUUUACUUCUACAGUUACAUCAUAGACCUGCUCUCCGGCACUGGCUUCUUGGAGGAGACCAGCCUCUUCUAUGGACAUUACACCAUUGAUGGGGUGAAAUUUCAGAACUUCACCUAUGAUCUGCCCCUGGCUUAUUUGUUAAGCACCAUUGCCUACCUGGCCCUAAGCCUUCUUUGGAUAGUGAAGAGGUCAGUGGAAGGAUUCAAAAUCAACCUGAUUCGGAGCGAGGAGCACUUCCAGAGCUAUUGCAACAAGAUCUUUGCCGGCUGGGAUUUCUGCAUCACCAACCGCAGCACUGCGGACCUGAAGCACAGCAGCUUGCGGUAUGAGCUCCGAGCAGAUCUGGAGGAAGAAAGAAUACGGCAGAAAAUCGCAGAAAGGACUUCAGAGGAGACGAUACGCAUCUACUCGCUGAGGCUGUUCCUGAACUGCAUUGUUCUGGCUGUGUUGGCGGCGUGCUUUUACGCCAUCUACAUAGCAACCGUCUUCUCACAGGAACAUAUGAAGAAGGAAAUUGACAAGAUGGUUUUUGGAGAGAACCUCUUGAUACUGUACCUGCCAUCCAUUGUGAUCACGCUGGCCAACUUCAUCACGCCCAUGAUCUUUGCCAAGAUCAUCCACUAUGAGGAUUAUUCUCCAGGCUUCGAGAUCCGCCUGACAAUUCUCAGAUGCGUCUUCAUGCGGAUGGCCACUAUUUGCGUGCUGGUGUUCACGUUGGGCUCCAAGAUCACCUCCUGUGACGGCGGUCCCUGUGAGCUCUGUGGCUACAACCAGAAGCUGUACCCGUGCUGGGAGACCCAAGUUGGGCAGGAAAUGUACAAGCUAAUGAUCUUCGACUUCAUCAUCAUCUUGGCUGUGACGCUCUUUGUGGACUUUCCCAGAAAGCUCCUGGUGACCUACUGCUCGUCGUGGAAGCUGAUCGAGUGCUGGGGCCAGCAGGAGUUCGCCAUUCCCGAUAACGUGUUGGGCAUCGUGUAUGGGCAGACCAUCUGCUGGAUUGGGGCCUUCUUCUCUCCCCUUCUGCCUGCCAUAGCCACCUUAAAGUUCAUCAUCAUCUUUUACGUGAAAGAGCUGAGUUUGCUUUACACGUGCAGACCCUCGCCCAGGCAGUUCAGAGCGUCCAAUUCUAACUUUUUCUUCCUGCUGGUGCUGCUGAUCGGAUUGUGUUUGGCGAUUAUACCCCUGACAGUCAGCAUGACACGCAUCCCUUCCUCAAAAGCCUGUGGACCCUUCACCAACUACAAUACCACUUGGGAGGUCAUCCCUGCGACCGUGAGCACCUUCCCCAGCUCGCUGCAGUCCUUGGUCCACGGAGUCACAUCAGAGGCCUUCGCGGUGCCUUUCUUCAUGAUCAUUUGCCUUAUUAUGUUUUACUUCAUCGCCUUGGCUGGAGCACACAAGCGGGUGGUGGACCAGCUCCGAGAACAGCUGUCCCUGGAAAGCCGAGACAAGCGCUAUCUCAUCCAGAAAUUAACAGAAGCCCAGCAGGACCUGAGGCCCAGCUAGGCAGACGGGAGAUACUGCUGCCACGUGAUAGGUCCGAGCCGGCGUCUCGGGGACUCUGUUGCGCCCACAAUAACCACCAUUUUAAAAUAUAUAUAUUUUUGG